UAGAAAUCUGUUGUUUAUUUUUUGGUGAAGAGAAGACUGAGUUAGUAAACACGCUCGCUCGGUCUUCUUUUCCAAUGGCGAUUUCCGAUGAGCCUGAAACUGUAGCCACUGCUCUCAACCACUCUUCCCUGCGCCGCCGUCCCACCGCCGCUGGCCUCUUCAAUUCGUCCGAGACGACCACCGACAGUUCCGGUGAUGACUUGGCCAAGGAUUCCGGUUCCGACGACUCCAUCAGCAGCGACGCCGCCGCCAAUUCGCAACCGCAACAAAAACAAGACACUGAUUUCUCCGUCCUCAAAUUCGCCUACCGUCCUUCCGUCCCCGCUCACCGCAAAGUGAAGGAAAGUCCGCUCAGCUCCGACACCAUUUUCCGUCAGUUGCAGAGUCACGCGGGCCUCUUCAACCUCUGUAUAGUAGUCCUUGUUGCUGUGAAUAGCCGACUCAUCAUUGAGAAUUUAAUGAAGUAUGGUUGGUUGAUCAAAUCUGGCUUUUGGUUUAGCUCAAAGUCAUUGAGAGACUGGCCCCUCUUCAUGUGUUGUCUUUCUCUUGUGGUAUUUCCUUUUGCUGCAUUUAUAGUGGAGAAGUUGGCACAGCAGAAGUGUAUACCCGAACCAGUUGUUGUUGUACUUCAUAUAAUCAUUACCUCAGCUUCACUUUUCUAUCCAGUUUUAGUAAUUCUCAGGUGUGAUUCUGCUUUUCUAUCAGGUGUUACGUUAAUGCUAUUUGCUUGUGUUGUAUGGUUAAAAUUGGUGUCUUAUGCACAUACAAACUAUGAUAUGAGAGCACUUACCAAAUCAGUUGAAAAGGGAGAAGCUCUGCCCGAUACUCUGAACAUGGACUAUCCUUACAAUGUAAGCUUCAAGAGCUUAGCAUAUUUCCUGGUUGCCCCUACAUUAUGUUACCAGCCAAGCUAUCCUCGCACACCUUAUAUUCGAAAGGGUUGGCUGUUUCGCCAACUUGUCAAGCUGAUAAUAUUUACAGGAGUUAUGGGAUUUAUAAUAGAACAAUACAUUAAUCCCAUUGUACAAAAUUCACAGCAUCCUCUCAAGGGAAACCUUCUUUACGCCAUCGAGAGAGUUCUGAAGCUUUCUGUUCCAAAUUUAUAUGUGUGGCUCUGCAUGUUCUAUUGCUUUUUCCACCUUUGGUUAAAUAUAUUGGCAGAGCUUCUUCGAUUUGGUGAUCGUGAAUUCUACCAGGAUUGGUGGAAUGCCAAAACUGUUGAAGAUUAUUGGAGGAUGUGGAAUAUGCCUGUUCACAAAUGGAUGAUCCGCCACCUAUAUUUUCCAUGUUUAAGGCACGGUAUACCAAAGGCCGUUGCUCUUUUAAUUGCCUUCCUGGUUUCUGCUUUAUUCCAUGAGCUGUGCAUUGCUGUUCCUUGCCACAUAUUCAAGUUGUGGGCUUUCGGUGGAAUUAUGUUUCAGGUUCCUUUGGUCUUCAUCACUAAUUAUCUGCAAAAUAAAUUCAGAAACUCGAUGGUUGGAAAUAUGAUUUUUUGGUUCAUAUUCAGUAUUCUUGGUCAACCUAUGUGCGUACUGCUAUAUUACCAUGACUUAAUGAAUAGGAAAGGCAAACUUGACUGAAGGUGCACGUGGAUAAGCUUUUCUGUUUUUGGAGUGUAUAAUUGAUGUCGAUAUGUUGAUCAAUAUUGUUUUCCACGAGUACUUUCAUCUACCAUGGCAGUGGCUGCUCUGAAGGAUUUCCACCUGAUAUACCAGGUCGCGAGGCUAAUUCAUCUUGAUCUAUGUACUUAUCAACUCUCCUCUGGCAAUUGUAUCGAUAUAUGCAAUUUUGAGAGCCAUACACUGGCAUUGAUAACUGCCAAGGAACAGUGUAGCUGUUUUCUGUUAAAUGUUAAUUAGUAGAGAGCUAGAUGUAAAUAAUUUAUGCUCAAUAUAUUUAUUUCUGCCUAGUCUUCAAGUUCCACGGAUGAAUGAUGAUGUCUUUUUAUAUAGCUGUUUCUUUCU